AAAUAAAAAUAUUCUGACAAGUAGAUGCGCAAGACAAUAAAGAAAAACCACAUUCAUACCCAGUUCAAUACUCUCUCUCCCUCCACCAGCAGUCAUCGAAAUCGAAAAACCCAAAAGCUGUAUACGAAUUGACAUUUAUAAUUUGAUGCCAUGGAUAGACUUGUGAAAAACUACGAACUCAAAGCUUGCGGAAUAGUGUAACAAAGCCCCUCUGACUGCUUUUCUACUGCUGUUGUUUUUGUUUCAACCAAGAAAUAGUUGACCUCUCUCUCUACUCUACAUGUCUAGAAUCACAUGGGUAUUGAUUUUGGGGGGGAAUUUGGAUCCGGAGAGAAAAAGGAGCGGUGGGUUGAGAAGUAAACAGGCCGGAAGAGGGUCGUGCCGGGGCAGUUAGAGUUCCGGAAUCAACAACUUGUCUUCUCUCGUUAUCUAGACCUUCCUUCUUAAUCUCACUCCUGGUUUCGAUAUGGGUUAUCUACUAAAAGAAGCAUUGAAAACCCUAUGCGGUGUCAACCAGUGGUCAUAUGCUAUUUUCUGGAAGAUCGGCUGCCAGAACCCUAAAUUUCUAAUAUGGGAAGAAUGUUAUUACGAACCUGUUAUAUAUUCAAAUGUUGGACAUGGAGAUGGAGGGAAUAAAGUCCACUUGCUCGUAACCAAAAUGAUGAAGGACAACUACAUCAAUCUUUUAGGAGAAGGAUUGGUUGGGAGGGUUGCAUUCACUCGAAAUCAUCAGUGGAUUAUCUCAGAUAACAAAUUGCAAUUGCCAGCUGUCCAGCCACCGGAGGUAUCAAAUGAAGUGUUUACACAAUUCUCGGCUGGCAUUCAGACUAUAGCAGUUAUUCCGGUUCAUCCUCAUGGGGUUGUUCAACUUGGUUCAUCAUCAACUAUUAUGGAGAAUGUGGGAUUUGUGAAUGACGUGAAAGGUUUAAUUUGUCAACUUGGAUGUGUUCCCGGUGCAUUAUUGUCAGAAAACUACAUGAAAAGAGAAGCGCCUACUCAUUCUCAUUCAUCGGGAAGCAGUGGGCAUAGUUGUUUCUCUUUUAGCAGGCAUAUUGGAGAUAACCAUCAUAACGGUUUGACUUUGAAAAGUCAACAAAUUGAAAAGAUCCCCAGCUACGAUCAUGAAAUUGGUUUUGGCUCAUUGUUGGGAAACUAUCAGCCGGCAUUGAGAUUGAUGGAGCAACGUAUUUUAUCAGAAGGAGAUCAUCAUCAUAUUCAUAUUAAUCACACUCCACCUCAUGCUCACUUCUCUGGCAAGCAGAUGAAUGGAAAGCUGGAACAUGAACUAUUUGAAGCUCUGUCUAUGUCCUCGGAAGAAGAACAUUUAAAACCUCCAUCAAGGGACGACUUAUUUGAUAUCGUGGGUAUGGAUUUCAAUGGAAAUCAAAAUAGCUGGGCUUAUGAAUAUGAAGGAGAAUCCAAUAAUAGCAGCAGCAUUAUUUAUUCAUCGAUAAUACCUAAUGACCAUCUUUUAGAUGCAGUCGUCUCCAAAGUUCCCUCAUCUUCAAAGCCAAUUACAGAUGAUAACAUUAACAUGGGAGCAGGAGGGAUUAAUUUGAUGCAAAGAGACUUGCUGGGUAACGGGGAUACUAACUCUUCUAUCAUCUCAUCACAAAUCGCUUCUUGGACUGAAGAUUUGGGAAAAACCGAGUAUGCUAAUAAUAAGAGUAAGAGGCCCGAUGAUGAAAUUGGGAAAUCCAAUCGUAAGAGGCUUAAACCGGGACAAAAUCCGAGACCCAGACCCAAAGAUCGCCAGAUGAUCCAAGAUCGUGUAAAAGAAUUAAGAGAAAUCGUCCCAAAUGGUGCCAAGUGUAGCAUCGAUGCUUUGCUAGAACGAACCAUCAAGCAUAUGCUUUUCUUGCAAAGUGUUACAAAGCAUGCAGACAAGCUAAAACAAACAGGGGAAUCCAAAUCCAAAUCCAAGAUUGCAAGCAAGGAGGGUCAGGGUGGGGUAUUACUGAGGGAUAACUUUGAAGGAGGGGCAACAUGGGCAUAUGAGGUUGGUUCACAAUCGAUGGUGUGCCCUAUUAUAGUGGAGGAUCUGAAUUCCCCUCGUCAAAUGCUUGUGGAGAUGGUUUGUGAAGAAAGAGGUUCGUUUUUGGAGAUAGCAGAUGUGGUUAGAGGAUUGGGAUUGACAAUCUUGAAGGGGGUGAUGGAAUCUCGGAAUGACAAGAUAUGGGCCUACUUUACUGUAGAGGCUAACAGGGACGUGUCAAGGAUGGAAAUAUUUAUCUCGCUUGUUAGCCUCUUGGACCAAUCUGCAAAAAAUGGGUCCAGCAGCAUCAGUGGGAAUGGGAAUGAACAAUCUUUCCGGCAAGUGGCCACCAAUACCAUACAGUAAUAUCGUGGCUGCUGGGAGAUGUUGAGAGCAGCUAGCUAUUCUUCUGCCAUGACCGACAUCCAUCGCAGCCUGGUUUUCUUGUAAGCCGACUGACAAUAGAAUAGAGUAGAAUCUUGUGUAGCUUUAUUGCCUGCCUGCCUGCAUGUGUAGAUGGAUUAUCAUGUAUUGUAUUGUAUUGUAUUCAUUGCUUGGUUGUGUGUGUUUGAAAUA